GAAAUCAAGAGGUGGAUGCUUAACCGACUGAGCCACCCAGGCGCCCCGAACCGAUCCAUGUAACCAGCCCAUCUAGAUCAAGAGAAAGAACAUGCUGGCAGGAGGCGGCGGCAGCCUCGGCCGAGAGAAGAUGGCGGACGGUGUGGACCACAUAGACAUUUACGCGGAUGUGGGCGAAGAGUUCAACCAGGAAGCUGAAUAUGGUGGGCAUGAUCAGAUAGAUUUGUAUGAUGAUGUCAUCUCUCCAUCUGCAAAUAAUGGAGAUGCCCCAGAAGACCGUGAUUACAUGGAUACUCUCCCACCAACUGUUGGUGAUGAUGUGGGUAAAGGAGCAGCACCAAAUGUUGUCUAUACAUAUACUGGAAAGAGAAUUGCAUUGUAUAUUGGAUAUCUAACAUGGUGGACAACAGAUGAAGACUUAACUGAAGCAGUUCAUUCUUUGGGAGUAAAUGAUAUUUUGGAGAUAAAAUUUUUUGAAAAUCGGGCAAAUGGCCAGUCAAAGGGGUUUGCCCUUGUUGGUGUUGGAUCUGAAGCAUCCUCAAAAAAGUUAAUGGAUCUCUUGCCUAAAAGAGAACUUCAUGGUCAGAAUCCUGUUGUAACUCCAUGCAAUAAACAGGUCCUGAGUCAAUUUGAAAUGCAGUCCAGGAAAACUACACAAUCAGGACAAAUGUCUGGGGAAGGUAGAGCUGGUCCUCCAGGAGGCAGUUCACGUGCAGCAUUUCCACAAGGUGGUAGAGGACGGGGACGUUUUCCAGGGGCUGUUCCCGGUGGGGACAGAUUUCCUGGACCAGCAGGACCAGGAGGGCCACCCCCACCUUUUCCAGCUGGACAGACUCCACCACGUCCAUCCUUAGGUCCUCCAGGCCCACCUGGUCCACCAGGUCCUCCACCUCCUGGUCAGGUUCUGCCUCCUCCUUUAGCUGGGCCUCCUAAUUGAGGAGAUCGCCCUCCACCACCAGUUCUUUUUCCUGGACAACCUUUUGGGCAGCCUCCAUUGGGUCCACUUCCUCCUGGCCCUCCACCUCCAGUUCCACGCUACGGCCCCCCUCCUGGCCCGCCACCUCCACAACAGGGACCACCUCCACCUCCAGGCCCCUUUCCACCUCGUCCACCUGGCCCUCUUGGGCCACCCCUUACACUUGCUCCUCCUCCGCAUCUUCCUGGACCACCUCCAGGUGCCCCACCACGAGUUCCACAUGUGAACCCGGCUUUCUUUCCUCCACCGACUAACAGCGGCAUGCCUACUUCAGAUAGCCGGGGUCCACCACCAACAGAUCCAUAUGGCCGACCCCCACCAUAUGGUAGGGGUGACUAUGGGCCUCCGGGAAGGGAAAUGGAUACUGCAAGAACGCCAUUGAGUGAAGCUGAGUUUGAAGAAAUCAUGAAUAGAAAUAGGGCAAUCUCAAGCAGCGCUAUUUCAAGAGCCGUGUCUGAUGCCAGUGCUGGUGAUUACGGGAGUGCUAUUGAGACAUUGGUAACUGCAAUUUCUUUAAUUAAACAAUCCAAAGUAUCUGCUGAUGAUCGUUGCAAAGUUAUUAUCUCUUUGCAAGAUUGCCUUCAUGGCAUUGAAUCCAAGUCUUAUGGUUCUGGAUCAAGACGUGAACGAUCAAGAGAGCGGGACCAUAGUAGAUCACGAGAAAAGAGUCGGCGUCAUAAAUCCCGUAGUAGAGAUCGUCAUGAUGAUUAUUAUAGAGAGAGAAGCAGAGAACGAGAGAGACACCGGGACCGGGACCGAGAUCGGGACCGAGAACGGGACCGAGAGCGCGAGUAUCGUCAUCGUUAGAAGAAGCUGAAGGAAGAGGAACACCUUCCCAGACAAAACAGUCUUCGUGGGGGAAAAAUGACGCUUGUCCAGCAGUUUGCUUCUUGUGAUUGAACUGAACCUGUAAGGAUUCAUGGAUAAAAUGAACAGGAAUAGAUCUGAAUAAAGCAAAUCUGCAAAAUGGUAACCAGUAGCUCUACUUUUAUUUUUU